UGAGAAGCGGUUCCUUAAUGGUACUGAUCCAAUGAUGAGAGGCAGACUCACUCUCAUCUCUGAUGACGGCACCGGUAGCUCCAAGAUCAUCUGAGGGUCAGCACGCUGGGUCAGUACAGCAGGUACAGCUGGGACUGUUGAUGCCUAUGAUGAUUCAAGAAAGGAUGUGGAUACGUCCUCCUCAACAGGCAAUGGCAAAGAACACCUUUAGCUCAGAAUUCCGGAACAUCGAUGUGGAUCAGUACAAUGAAGAUAACUACAAGGAUGAUGAUGGAGAGCCUCAAAGUCCGCCAAUUGGUGUUGACGAAGCUACCAUUGUUUCAUUAAUGAAUGCUGGUAACCAUGCAGAUGCUCUCAAACUUUUACUAGCAAAUGCUCCAGUGGCAUCCAAGGGAAAAAAUGAACAAGCCAAGGAUAUGGCAUUGAAUUUGGUCUUGAAGGUCCUGCUGUCUGUGAACAAGUCUCAAAUGGAUCAGAUCAUCUCAUCACUUGACAAGACACAAUUGGAUGUUUUAAUGAAAUAUAUAUAUCGUGGGUUUGAAAGGCCUUCAGAAGGUUCCUCGGCCAUUCUUCUCAUUUGGCAUGAAAAAGUAUACAAUGCUGGAGGUGUGGGGUGCAUUGUUAGGGUUCUUACUGACCGGAAAAGAGUCUGAGGAAAACUUGUUUUCUAAUAUAUGUUAUUUAUAUAAGAAUGAAUAUUUUACGUUUUACAUAUAUAGGACAAUCUAAAUAUAGUAAAUCGGUCAUAUAUAAUCCUUAUUUUGAAGAUUUUUAUAUAAAUCCUUAUUAGUUUUCUUGCAUUUACUGUUAAUUAAAAUUAAAAAAAUUCAGAAAUAAUUUUCCAGGGGAUUGCCUUGUGUAUUAAUUGGCACUUGAAGUUUUAAGAAAACAAAUAUAGUUUAUGUACCAAAGAUACCAAUUGAGAAAAUAUGUAGUGGAACAUUUCUUUUUCUUUUUGGUUUUUAUUUUUUAGAGGGAUUGCAAACUGGUACAUGUUGAAUAAAUGGUCUGAAGUUGUCUGCAGAAUUCCUUCCCUUAAUUUUCCUUUGUAUUAAUAAAAGGAAAGCAUUAAGCAUAGGUUAAGAAAAUUUAUAUUAUCAAUGGAAAUCAAGAAUUGCAAAACUAUUGUGUAGUACUGUUUUAUGUUCAUCUUGUCUUUCAGACAGAAAAAUUAUGUUGCACUGUUUAUAUAUAUAUUUCUUCAAGUAAAAAAAUUGAUUGUUUAAUCUAAUAUGAAUACGUAAUACAAAUUUAAAUACUUUAUUUAUAAAACUUUAAAAUUUAUUUUAUUCCCAAAACUAUUAAAAUUUGUACUUUAGGAAGAAAAACAGUGAGGUUUUUGUGGUACACUAAAUAAUUAUUAGAUUUGAUUUUAAGUGUGCAGAAAUGACUUAUAGUCAUAAAGUAAAAAUGGAAAUGAAAACUGAAGUAUUGUACUAAAAAUGAUUAUGCUAUAGUAAAACCGCCAUUUGUAGAUUUAAUGUUUUAACAUUAUGAAUAAUAAUAAUAAUACCAUUAUUUAAGUAAUAGCUGACUUCUCCAAGACUUAAAUAAUGAUAUUAUCUUUGUGCAUGUAUAUAUAUCAAGAUGAACUAAUUCUGUUAAAAAGAAUCUAGUAUUGUAACUAAAUUUUCAUACAUGGCACAAUGUUAUAAAGUUGUGCUGCUUAAUGCUGAUUUUAGGGUGCCAGUGGAACUUUAUUUAUUUUCCCAGUACACUACAGUAUUGGAAAAUUUGUUAUUCAUUUUGAAGAAAACCUGAAUGUAACAUGCAGUGCUGUCCAGCUGCAGAUGAAUGUUAAUAAAACACCAUGUAUACUAGAAAAUGUUUGACAUUUCUUGAUAUAGGGAUGUAGACUCCGUACAGGGGCUCAAGAAUACAUAUGCUACAUUAUGACAGCUAUUUAGUGACUGUUGAGAGUUAAAAGGCAAGAUAAAGGACUGGAGCUCAACCCCAGGAAAUUUUAGUAGAAAAUUACAGUAGGUGUCUGCUUUCAUCAUUAUUUGCCAUAUUUCAUAUAUUGCUACAGUUAGUAUUUUUUUUUCAACAUACCGGCCAUCUCUCGUCAAGAAACUCUUAAGUUUAUCUUCUUUUUACAUUUAGUAAUUUAUACAGGAGGAGUUACUAGCCUCUUGCUCCCAAGUUAGUAUUAUCUUUCAAGAAGACAGUUUCUGUGUGCUUGUAGUUCCUGCAGAGCAAAUCUGUGCUGAGCUGUUUUCUGUAGGCCUAAGAAAAUUUGCAUAGCAGUAUGUCUUUCAGAUGGAUUUCAUAUGAUACAUGGUGUUUUGUUAGCAUGUAACAUUUUAGGACAUUGCUUUCAUCUCUUUACAUAUACAUAAAGUAUAUUGAUCUCUCUCUGCAAGGUAUACAUUUAAUAUAGAAAAUACAUACUUGUUCAAGUUUCCAGUAUGCACUACUAUGAUUUUUCCAUAAGCGCUGAACAAACUGAAGUGUGUUGACACUUGGUCAGGAUGUCAGUUAAUGUUUUCCUUGAAUAUUUUUGUUUACUGAUUGUAUGAACUGUUACCUUUCAUAAAAUACAUUUUAUUGUACAA